AGAGAGAGAAAAACACAUGCAGUGUGUAUAGGUAGGUAGUGCUAGUGCGCGACUGAUCAUCAUUUCCCGACGACAAAACGUAGCCAUCGUCAGCCAGUUGUGUCUGCGGAGGAGAGCAGAGUAGUAGUCUUAUCGGCGUCUCUCCCUCUCGCACUUCUCGAUAACUCGCUCGUAUAAACCUGCAGAAGAAGAUGGCAGUAAAAACAGAGCAGCAGCAGCAGCAGCUUGUCUCACGCGCGCGCAGAACGAGGAGAUAGUAGGAGUCGAGUGAUGCCGUGUUUUCGUCUGCAAAUAUACCGUAAUAAAGGAUUAUCAUAUCGUAAACCAUCGUGUCCCGCUCUCCUUUUCUCGCUUCAUUUCGACGCUGUACUGCGCUGCACAAGCGCAAUUGACUACUUUACAUACUCUCGCGCACGAGUACAGAGCAGAGACAUAUUUGUACAGUGUGGGUCUCUCGAGCGGAAAGUUUUUUCGUCAGGAUCGCUGCUGUGUGGCUAUUCUCCAGUGUAGUGUGUAGCACGAGUAGCUAUACUCCCUAGUAGUCUCUGGCCAGAGAUAGACACCACACAUCACGUUCGUGCGCAAAGAGUAAAGCUAUUAUCAGCCGGCUAGGGAGAGAGAGAGAGAGAGAGAGAGGAGAGGAGAACACAGUAGUGCGAUGCUCCUCGCGCGACGCAUUAUGUAAUUUUUUAAAACGCAAGGAGCAGACGAGGCCCCCUGUGUGACACAGAGAGUAUAGAGUGUGCUCUGCUGCCGACGACGAUGAUAUGAGCGGCGAAAGUGAGGUUAACGCGGCCUCCGCGAGGCCGCCCUAUAACAGCAGCUUCCCCAGCAGCAAGAUGAAUGCCGUUGAGACGACGACGUCGACGCUCCUCGCCGACUCGGCUUUCCUCAGAUUACUCAUAACCCUAGGAAACUUUUUAAAAUGCUUGGCACGAAUUGGUUUUGUCCUUGUAAACAAUAUGUAUUGCAUACCAACGUAUGUCAUUUGGAUGAUGUUGCUGUCUCCAGUCAAAGUAUAUUAUCCACAAAUUUAUUGGCGCAUUGAAGGUCUCUUCUUUCAUUGGCUCUUAGCAAUGGUGUCUAUGUGGACAUGGUCAGCAGGUUAUGACGUGAUUGAACAAGGUGACGACAUUAACAGAAUUAUAAGCGACCGAACUCUAGUCAUUGCAAAUCAUCAGAGCACUGGUGAUGUUCCUAUAUUAAUGACCACUUUUAAUGCCAAGCCUAAUGCGCUGCCUAACCUCAUGUGGAUUAUGGACAGGGUAUUCAAAUUUACCAAUUUUGGUAUUGUUUCUCUACUACAUAAAGACUUUUUUAUUUCCUCUGGUCGCAAAAGAAGGGAGGAAAGCUUGAGACAGUUAGAAAAACAUUUAAAAGAGGCAUACAUACCACUGGAGAGAAAGUGGAUGGUUCUGUUUCCAGAAGGUGGCUUCCUUUGUAAAAGACGUGAAACCUCGCAGAAAUAUGCUAAGAAAAAUAACCUGCCUAUACUCGAAAAUGUCAGCCUUCCGAGAGUUGGAGCACUUCAGACAAUAUUUGAUGUUGUUGGCCCUGUACAGAAUAAUAAUUCUUCUGAGCAACAGUUAAACUCUAGAACAAAUAUGGCAGUGACAAAACCAGAAAUCAGAUGGAUACUUGACAUAACCAUUGCAUAUCCACAAGGAAAACCACUAGACUUACCAACUAUCAUAACUGGUUCAAGACCGCCAUGCGAAACGGUUCUCUUUUAUCGAUUAUUUCCUACUUCAAUGGUUCCUAAAGAACCUGAACAAUUAUCAAGAUGGUUGUAUGAUAGAUGGGCUGAGAAGGAAGCUCUUUUAGAAAAUUUUUAUAAGCAUGGGACCUUUGUAGGUACUCAGCCAUUAGAGCCUGAAGAUUCCAAGAUUCAACAAGAUCCUCUGCGUUUCCUAGUCCUCCACUUAUUCUUCAUGACCUCUAGUUACAUUCAUUACAGUAUGUUCUCUUAUGCAUUAUCUUAUAUAUGGUAAUGUUUAUAUUGAAUAACUCGCCAACUCUUUGAAAAUGGACUUUUAAAGAGUUUAUAUUUAAUGCAGCUAACUACUGUUACUUUGAAUAGAAAACAGUAACAAUAUUUGUGAUUUAAGUAAUUGUGAGUGGUCAUUCAUUGAGUAAUCCUAUGAGAUGUCAAAUGCUUUUCUCAAGAAAAUCAAAGUUUAAAUGUAUAAAAUUUGAAAAGUUUUCUACUGAUUAUUAGUUAGCUUUGCAAUAAUUACAAGUGAGAUAACAGUGAAACAAAAUACUUAGUUAUUGGCACUUAAAAAUCACGUGAACAAUUUUUUAUAAGAGCUUUGCAAAUUUUCGGAAUUUUAAAAUAGAUAAUACCAAUUGUACUCGAUAAAUUUAGGACUUUUUGCCUAAAAGUUAAAAAAAGUUAACAUGCUCGAGGGGUAACGAUAUACCCUAACCGCACACUAAAAUCGUGGUUGUAAUUACAGAAAAUUUUUUAACAAUUAAAAGGCGUGUAUUUUUAGUGACACAUCUGACUAUUUGUAUUUGUCUUCUCAUGUAUACAAAUUAAGUUCCUACGUUUAAGAGGGACGUCAACCACUUCUUUUUUAUGGUAUGAAUGUAUUUUAGCACAGUAUUGGGAAUCAACAGCACGUAUCACAGUGUAGAGUAUGAAAUUGCAAUGGUAAAAAAAAAUCCAAAAUUGCGCAUGAAAAGAAAUGUAUUUAUCCAAGAUAAAAGCGAAAUCAGUAAGGGCAUAUCGAUUGCACUGGUGUAAAACUGUUUUCAAGUCACGCAUAACAAAGAACUAAUCUUUUAAGUGCAAUAUCAACGGCACUCGUACGUAGUGGAGGAAAAAUAAUAUUGUAGCAAAGAUUUUUUUAAUCAAUUAUUUUUUACCAGAAUACUAUGCUAAAGUGUAUUCCAACGCUUUUUAUAUACAUUAUAAUAUUAUUAAAAAAAAUCUUUGUGACUGGAAGUUUGUCCUUGCGUUAACUUUUUGUCGGGACAUUCGUUUUCCUAUGUGAAAGUGAUUUUUUAACAAGACUAAAUACGAAGUCGCGAAAGCAAAUUGGAAAAAAAUAUCAGACAGAGUGAAGAAACAGACAAUUCUGUUUGCUGAUUAGCUUUACUUGUCGUUAGAUCUUUAUUUGUUACCACAGAAUAACUUUUGUGUAUGGGUAGAUUAUUAUUCAUGAAUAAGUUAUUACGAAUUUAUAAAUUUCAUGUGCACGUGGCUUUUUUAAAGUACGUUACGCAUGAUUUUAUAUUUUAUUAAAUUCUUUAAAAACAUUUGAUUAUAGCACUAUUGAUUUUGAAAUUAUAAUCUAUUUUUACGCUAUUCAUGCAUAAUUUUUGUAUCUAUUAAUAAAACACUUGUAAAGGUGCAAAUUAGGUUUAAUCUAUCAAGCGAACUGAAUUGUACCCUCACUUUCUUUGCUAAAAGGAUAAUCAAUCGAUUGAUUAUUUGCUAUGAAUGAAUGACGACAUUUCAAAUCGAUCGUGCCUUGCUCUUGCUAGCAAUUAUUAUAUAUCACUCUGUAAAUAGGAUUUUUGUAAGCUCGGGGAGCUCAUCAUGUGUUUAAGGAAAACAAGUAAAAAAAAAAAUAUCGUGUAAACGGCAGCGAGAGUCACUCCGUCACGACGCAAUGAAUAUAUCGCGUAAAACUAUACAUGUAUUAAUUCGUAAACGUGAGAAAAAGGUUAAACAAAUCAAACGAAAGUCGCUCUGACACAUGUUCCAGUAUAAAUAUGAUAUCUUUCACAUGGUCGUUUAACACGGCCUAAUUACUAUUGCUAAUUACACUGUGUACAUACAUACUUCUAGAAGAUCUUUGAUGCUUAUUUAUUCGUGGACUUCUAAUGUAAUAGAUAAAUUUAGAAAUUACAGUAAAAUAAAAGCAACCAGAAAAAAUCAUCAACACUUCAGCGUGUACUGCAUUAUUCUUAUUAUUUUGUAUUUAUACAAUGAUCUGUACAAGAACUCAUAUUUUCGCUGUAGAUCAUAACUAUAAACACGCUGUACAUAUUGUACACCACACAGUGCAUGAAUCGCUAAUUUAGGUUGUCAAUUUCUGAAUCACACCUCUGCGAUGUUUUAAGUGCUUCUUUGGUAAUUAAAUUUUUUUAACGGUUUUGUCGAUGACAUAUAAGCUGUAAAGAAGUGAACAACAAAACGGCCGCAUUGUAUUCAAAUUGUAUGUAAACUAUGCAUAAACCAUAUGUGAAUUAUGUAUUACAUUUAAUUAUUCGACACAUGAAUUUCGUGAAAUUGUUACUACGAGAUUUAUAGAUGAUUUCAUCACAAUGAAAUGAAUUAAUACGCAAUCACAUGUCAUUAAAAUAUAAUUUAUGUAUGAUUUUCACUUCAAAAGUGUAACGCUUCGACGGAGAAAUUAAGAAAUAAUCACUGUGGAAGGUUUUAUUGAAAAAGUACUUUCUCAUAUUAUUUUCCUACGAAAAAUCACGCUAUAACAAUACACAUUUGCCUGAAUAGCAUUUAUAAAAAUGGGGUGCAUUUAGUCUGGCUGAUUUUAUACUUUUUAAAUGCGAUUCUCCUCUCUUGCCCAGUCGAAAGAAUGUAUAACUUAAAACCGUUUGUCAGCACUUUAUUGAUCUAAUAGCUAAGCUACGAUAAAAUAAUAAUACUCCAGUAGGAGAGCACUUCUCGUAAAAAUUAUGACUCUUCGUAUUGACGAAAAAUAAGCGACGCUAAAAAUAUGCGUAUCCAUCGCUCAAGUCCAAAUACAUCACCAAUACUUCUUUUCCUAUUCUAGCGUAACGUAGAACAUAUGCAAUAUGUAUUUUUACACUUAUUGGGUGAAAGAGAGACGGGAGAAAAAGUGAUGAACUUUAUGGUACCGCGCGGCACCAGCGUGAUUAGCUGCCAGAGUGAAAAUUGAAUAUAUGUAUACCGUGUAUGAAAGUCUGUGAGUUUCAAAUGCAUAAUAUUACUAACUAAUAAAUAAUGAGAAUCCAAAAAA